AUGGCCGUCACUGCUCAAACCAAAAGACCCGCCCAUACACCUUAUUCCGCUCUCCCCUCUCGCCAUACCCCAACCGUUAACAAAUCGCCUCGUUGGCUCGACUUCCUCAUUCUCUCUGCCGGUUUGCUUCUUUUCCUUGAGCUGAUCGUCGUUGUUGGGCACAGAGCUAUUGACAAUAGGGUCGAGAAGGCGAUUCAGAAGGACGCGGCGGACAGGCUCGCACGGGCGGACGCCGCGGCUAGUUGGGGUGCCACCGUUGUGGACCAUUCUGAGCCUCAUUAUGAGAGUGACUGGCCAUGGCUUGGCUGGUGGAGUACGUGGUGGAAUGGGGUUCACCAUAAAGCCUGUCAGAUGUCGAGCCCUAGUUUCGGAGAUCGGCCGCGGUGUUUUCCAUUGAAAGGGAGGAGUGGCUAUGUUGUGCACAAGCUAAGGGAGCCUAUUGUGCCGGAGACUAUUACUAUUGAUUGUAUUGAACAUAUUGAGGAUUAUGUUGUUGAUGACCGGUCCGAUGCUCCCAUAAAUUGCCGUGUCACUGGUUGGUUGACCGAUAGCGAGAAGAGUGAGUUUGUUUUGGCCGAGUUCAGUUACGACGUUGGGAAGGGCAGUGUUCAGACGUUUGGUGUGUCGGGAUCGGUGGCGAAGGCCGGUGAUGGGGCCGUUGUUAACAUGGUGGAGUUGCAGUUUGCAUACAACCAUGGAAGCCCGGAGUCUACUUGCAUAUAUCGGCUCAGAGUUCAUGGCCAUAAACCUCGAUCGUAG